AUGACUAGUCUCUCUACCAAGCUCGCUGAGCUCGAAGCGGCAGGCAAGCCCAUCCAGGUGGGCAUCAUCGGUGCUGGCAAGUUCGGCUCCAUGUUCAUCGCCCAAUCACAUAGGACAGUCGGCAUGAGGUUAGCAGGCAUAGCAGAUCUAUCUGCUGACCGCGCCCUUGCUUCUCUGAAGCGCACUGGCUUCCCCGAGGAGAAGUACGACGCCACGGCGUCGCUAACGAUCGAGGAGGGCAUCAAGGCAGGCAAGACCGCAAUCACGACAGAUUCUGCGAAGCUGAUUGCGACCCCUGGUAUUGACGUGAUCCUCGAGGUUACUGGCAACCCCGCUGCUGGCGUCCGCCAUGCUCUUCUGUGCUGCGAGCACAAGAAACACAUCGUCAUGAUCAAUGUAGAGGCAGAUGUCCUAGCAGGACCCUUGUUGGCUCGGAAAGCUAACGAAGCCGGUAUCAUUUACUCCAUGGCGUACGGUGACCAGCCUGCUCUAAUCGCCGAGAUGGUCGACUGGGCUAGAACGGCCGGGUUCGAUGUGGUCUGCGCCGGCAAGGGCACCAAGCACCUGCCGCAGUACCACUACUCCACGCCAGACACGGUCUGGAACUACUAUGGAUUCACCAAGGAGCAGCUCGCCACGGGCGACUUCAACCCGCAGAUGUUCAACUCCUUCCUGGACGGCACCAAGUCUGCGCUGGAGAUGGCGGCUGUGUCAAAUGGCUGCGACCUGUCUCCGCCCAGUGAUGGUCUCCGCUUUCCCCCUUGCGGUGUCUGGGACCUGCCCGCCGUUCUCAAGCCCGAGUCAGAGGGCGGUCAGUGCGAGAAGAAGGGCACGGUCGAGGUUGUGUCUUGCAUGGAGAAGGAUGGACGCUGGGUCUUCAACGACCUGAGGUGGGGUGUGUACGUUGUCAUCGAGGCCCCCGGCGAGUAUCAGCGCGAAUGCUUCAAGCAAUACGGCUUAAAGACCGAUCCAUCUGGCCGCUACGCUGCGCAGUACAAACCCUAUCACCUGAUCGGUCUCGAGCUUGGUGUAUCCAUCGCAACUAUCAUGUGCCGUGGCGAGCCUACGGGUCAGACCAAGACCUGGGCAGGCGAUGUCGUCGCCACGGCAAAGCGUGAUCUGAAGGCCGGCGAAAAGCUGGACGGCGAGGGUGGUUUCAUGGUCUACGGCAAAUUGAUGCCGGCAGAAGACUCCAUUGCCAUCGAGGGCCUUCCCAUCGGCCUGGCACACGGCAUCGUACUGAAACACGAUGUCAAGAAGGAUCAGCGGCUCAGCUGGGCUGAUGUCGAGUACAGUGACAAGGCCCAGGCUGUAAGCGUACGAAAGGAGAUGGAGGUCCUUUUCAGGAAAGAGUUCGUAUCCAAGAAGGUCAAUGGAGCCGAUGGCGCAAACAGCACUCGUUAA